AUGGCCAAGGAGCUCGCACCGCCGAUGACGGCUUUUCCACAACUUUGUGCCGCUAGCCAAAACUCACCACUUGUCCAGGAUAUCGGGGGUUGCCUUCAUUCGCACUGUUCCCCGGCGGAUGCUCUAGACACCUUUCGUACGCUGUCUCGGCUUUGCCAAUGGCCAACGCGGUCCCGCAAGGCCAGACUUGUGGCUCUAUUUGCCAUCCAGGUGCCGGCAGUUAUCUGUCUUGCCCUGCGGCUGUUCGGGCGUAUAAAGCAGGCAGCUAGGCUUGCCAUCGAUGACUAUCUGGUGGCGCUGCUGACGGCAUUCUACGUUGACGAGGUGCUGUACCUCGCCAUUUUGACCUUGAUUAAGCUGUCCCUCCUCUUCCUGUAUCUCCGUGUGUUUGCACCCCAAGCACCACCGACCACACGUGAAGCCCGCCGCUACAGAGGCCACUACCGCACGUUCCGCAUCGCCGUAUUUGUGCUCGCCGGGCUUGUGCUCCUGCCAAACAUCAUCUUCCUCGUUCUCGACGCCUUCCAGUGCCGCCCCGUCAGCACUGUCUGGGCACGGUGGACGUCAUCGUCUGUCCCCCAGCACCAGCAGCCGUACGCCUGCCUCAACGUGCGUCUCUUGGCAUACGUGGCGGCAGCGUUUGGCAUCGCCCAGGACGCGGCCAUCCUGCUGGUGCCCUGGCCGCUGUUGUGGCUGCUCCGACAAAGCCUGGUCCGGCCGUCGCCGGCGUCAUCCGUCAGGACGUCUCCUGCCGCGACGGCUGUCAUGGUCACGGCUUUUGCCAUGUUUGGUCUCGGCGUCUUCGUGCUCGUCACCAGCUGCGUCCGUCUGCACUUUCUCGUGCACUUUGCCACGACCUCGCUCAACCCAACCUGGGACAACACCGACAGCCUCAUCUGGUCCGGGCUCGAGGUGUCUGUGUCGGUGAUUGUGAUGAGCCUGCCCACAGUGCGGGCAAUGGGCCAGCAGGCCUGGCGACACUGGUGGCCAAAGGGAAAAGCAAAGUCGAGGGCGAGGCAGAACGGGAGAUAG